AUGACGCGCGAAUCUCGGCAUGGCACCCUUUGGAAAGGGCUGACGUGCCUUUUCGCCCUCCAAUUGCCUUUUGCAGGUGCGCAGGUCGCAGAGGUUGAGAAGGCAACCAAUGCGAGCUUGCUCUGGGGACCCUACCGCCCCAACCUCUACUUUGGCGUCCGGCCACGCAUACCAAAGAGUCUGAUGGGCGGGUUGAUGUGGACGCGGGUUGAGGAUUACCAAAGCGUGCAGCACAACUUCAGACACACUUGCGAACAGCACGAGCUCGAUGGCUACGGUUGGGACGAAUACGACGUACGCAGCGGCGGCCGACAAACUAUCCACGAUCCCGCCAACAAGAUCGACAUCACCACCGAUUUCAUCAAGUUUCCCGGUGGAGAGCACGGCGGUAGCUGGGGUGCGAGGAUCAAGGGUACACCGCGAGAAGAUGCUGGCCCCAACCUGCGAACGACCAUCGUUUGGUACAACACGCUCGAGGGCUUCGGAAACUUGGAAGUCGCAGGUGCGGACCCAUCCGAGCCUGGCAUGGAGGGCGAUGUGAUUUUGAAGGGGCAGACUAAAGAACUGGGCGAGUUUGAGCUCACGGUCACGGAUGGCAAGGGCAAGCACCCUGUUCAUGAACACCCCAGCUACGACGAGAAGCCGUUGGAUCGGACACUCGUGCACAGCGGACAGGUACCAGAGGAAGCCGUAUGGCAAGUCAAGGCCAUGAUGUUCGCACACAUGAAGGGCCAGAUCGACGUCUUGGUCCCCAAGUACGGCGAGCAGAACCCACCACCGCCAGAGCAGGUCUACACAAUCCAGCAUCUACCCGGUAAGGGCAACAUGCACCUGGUGCAGAAGGUCUUUGAAGGUGCCUUUGAGUUCGACGUCAUCUUCUCGUCUGGGUCCGUGCCGGAGAAGAUCACGUCGGAGCAUCUUACGCAGCAGAUCGAUUCCGUCACGUCAGGCUUCUCGGCUCGCUUCACGGACAUCUUCAAGCCUCAGCCACCUUUCGUAAAGGAACGCUACGAGGAAUUUGGCAAGUCGCUAUUUUCGAACCUCAUUGGUGGCAUCGGCUACUUCUUCGGUGACUCCCGUGUCGAUCGAUCCUACGACCCUGCGUACGAGGAAGAUAGCGAAGGCUUUUGGGAGGAGGCUGCCGAAGCGCGAAGCAGGAACCAAGCCCAGCUCGAAGGACCGUCUGAGUUGUUUACCGCCAUUCCAUCGCGACCCUUCUUCCCCCGCGGUUUCCUGUGGGAUGAGGGUUUCCAUCUCCUCCCCGUCAUCGACUGGGAUGCCGAUCUCACUCUCGAUAUCAUCAAGAGUUGGUUCAGCCUCAUGGACGAAGAUGGCUGGAUCGGUCGCGAACAGAUUCUCGGCCCCGAGGCCCGCAGCAAAGUACCAGAGGAGUUUCAAGUCCAGUACCCUCACUAUGCCAACCCACCAACACUGUUCAUGGUCAUCACGUCCUUCCUCGACAAACUAGACGCCAUCAAGACCGACACCAGUAGCGAGAAGCUGCAACAAGAAAAGUCCUACUCGAUGCAGCUCUCGAACCGCGAAGCCGCCCUUGAGUACCUCCGCUCGCUCUACCCCUUGCUCAAGCGCAACUACUUCUGGUACCGCAAGACCCAGGCCGGCGACAUCAAGAGCUACGACCGCGAAGCCUUCUCCACCAAGGAAGGCUACCGUUGGCGCGGGCGCACACCUUCGCACAUUCUCACCUCUGGUCUCGACGACUACCCUCGCGCGCAGCCACCACACCCUGGUGAGCUGCACGUCGACCUGAUCAGCUGGAUGGGCAUGAUGACGCGCGCAAUCAAGCGCAUUGCAAUCUACCUCGACGAACAAGAUGACGCGGCCGAGUUUGCGCGCUACGACGAAGCUAUUGUCCGCAACAUUGAUGACUUGCACUGGAGUAAAAAGGACAAGGCGUACUGUGACGCCACCAUUGAUGACUAUGAGGAACACUCGCUUGUUUGCCACAAGGGCUAUAUCUCGCUGUUUCCCUUUUUGACGGGCCUUGUGGAUAAAGGGAGUGAGAAGCUGGGCCAUGUGCUUGAUUUGAUCGAGGACGAGGAGGAGCUGUGGAGUCCGUUUGGUAUUAGGAGUUUGAGCAAGAGCGAUGAGUUUUAUCAUACGGCGGAGGAUUACUGGCGGGGUCCGGUGUGGAUGCCGAUUAAUUAUUUGGCUGUCAAGCAGUUACUUAACGUCGCGACUCAAUCCGGUCCCCACCGUGCUCGCGCAACCAAAAUCUACACGGAACUUCGCAAUAACUUGGUCAAUACUGUUUAUGAGAGUUGGAAGGAGACGGGCUUUGCGUGGGAACAAUAUAACCCCGAGACGGGUAAAGGGCAGCGCACGCAGCAUUUUACGGGCUGGACGAGUUUGGUGGUCAAGAUUAUGGCUAUGCCGGAUCUGAGUGGUCAGAGCGGGCAUGAUGAACUCUAG